GAUACGCUCAUGAAGCUGGCUGCACUGCUACUCGUGGAGCGGGUUUGGAAUUUCCUGUCUUUAUUGGAAUGACGAUAUUUGGAUAGCUUACUCCUCUCAAUGUAUAUGAAGACCCYGCUUGUAUAACCCGGUAGUAAGAAAUUAUCACGAUCCCAUGGUUAAAGCUGCAUUCGCAUACUGGCAGAAAAAUCAAAGAUUUUUGACUUAUUUGGACCUACUACUAAGAGCACGGACCCAGUCUCGUGGUCCUCAACCCGCGUGCACWGGGAUUAUAAUGCUUAAAGUGUCCAUUAUGUCAAAUGUGGUAGAUUACAUAGUGGAAGAAGACGAUUCUGGCCGUCAUAUCCGAGCUGCCACUUUGGAAAAACUAGUUGAGUUUUGCGUGGAUGAAUUCGAUGAAAAUGGACCGAUUGAAGAGGAACCCGUUCUUUCCAAGGCUGUUUUUAUUGCACAUCAGUGGUUUGUUGAAUCAGACAAGCUCUUGGAAAUAUUUCUGAAUGCAUAUGUAAAAUGUAAAGAAAUAGAUGCCAGCACCGCAGAAAACUCAAGAAGGUUUUCUAUUUGCCAAGCAGUCAGCUACUGGAUGGCACAUCAUCAGGUGGACUUUAGAAGAAAUGAACAGCUUAUUGAUAUACAUAGACAAUUAGAAUCGAUUAUUGAUGCCGAAGGAGAUCAGUCUUUGAAAGAUAUCAUUGAUUAUGCAAACAUUGGAUUUCAUGAUAUUCAUCAACGUGCCGUCAGUGUAAACAUUUAUCAUGGACGGUCAUCCUUUGAUCGCAAGGUCUCUCUGGCAUUCCAUGAUCAGUCACCCCUUGAGAUAGCUGAACAACUCACAUAUCUUGAUUUUAAAAUCCUUAGAAGAAUACCUUUUUCAGAAUGGAAGAGUUAUGCUGUAUUUUCAAAGCUAGAGCAAACUCCUUAUCUGGAACGAUAUGUUUCAAUGCUUAAUGGUUUGUCUAAAUGGAUUCAAGCUAUGGUACUUAACCACAAGACACCAGAAGAAAGAGCAAAAUGCAUGGAAAAGUUUCAGAAAGUUGCAAAGCAUCUCAAAGAAUUACAGAAUUUUAAUGGACUUUUGGCCGUCUCAGGUGGUCUGACUAAUUCAGUACUGUCAAGACUUCAUCUCACUAGAGAGUAUAUUUCUCCAGACUGCAAAGAGUACAUAACACUUCUUGCUGAGUUCAUGUCUUCUGAAAGUAACUACUCCACUUACAGGAAAAGAUUGUCAUGUUGUAGUGGUUUCUUUAUACCAGUCUUAGGCAUUCAGCUGAAAGAUCUCAUUGCUACAAAUACAGCUUUGCCAGAUAUUGUCAAUGGCAAUCUUAUAAAUGUACACAAACUUGUAACUCUGUCUGGAAUUCUGUCCAAGUUCUUCCUGGUUCAAAAACUAUCGCCUCCAGUUUCUCCAAAUGUGGAACUUUUAAACAUGUUGAGAGUUUCAACACAACCACGGUUAUCAGAGGACGAGCUUUAUGAGCUGUCUCUUGCCCGAGAACCGCGGAACUUACAAAGUGUCUCAUCAUCAAGCUCUUUGUUAGACUCCGUGUCUAAAGUGAAUACACCGGAUGUCAUUGAGUUUGGAGACUGGGCUUCUGGGACAUUCAAUGCACCUGAUUCCAGAGUUUUGGAAAGGCACGUUACAGCUAUGGUUGAGGCCGUUUUUAGAGUUUACGACACAGACAAAGAUGGAUAUAUAAGCGACAAUGAAUUUGAUUCCAUCGCAACUAAUUUUCCAUUCAUCGACACAUUUGGAGUCAUUGAUGUCAACAGCGAUGGUGUAAUCACUAAAGAAGAAAUGAAAAACUAUUUUUUAAAAGUUAACUCACAAAACCUAAGCCGCGAGUUUUCGCACAACUUCCAAGAAACAACAUAUUUUUCGACUACGUUUUGUCAUCACUGUGGGGGCGUGUUGAGAGGCAUCAUCAAGCAAGGUUACAGAUGCAAAGGUUGCCAUGUUAACUGUCAUAAAAGUUGCAAAAAGUUGAUUGUUACAGAAUGUAGAAGCAAGUCCCCGCCAUUGAAUGUAAACAAGACGGACACAUUGAAAAAAAUCCGAAACAGAAUGAAAUUCGUCAAAAGUUCAACUGUUGAAAGUAUUAAAUUACAGAAUGGUGAAACCGUGAACGUGCCAGCUGACUUCUAUGAUCGCUUACUCAAAGCUGAGGAGUCCCGAGAUGCUCUGUUAAUGGAAAAUGCGAACCUGUCGUCACAGCUUGACGAUGCAGACAAGAAAAUCACUCUGCUACAAGACCAUCUUGAUCUUUUGCGGCAGCAUACAGUUAGUUUUAUCCUGGAACAAAUGGAUGCUUUGCAAUUACAGAAGGUUACAGCUGUUUAACGAAUGUUGUACGGCACCCUGUUUAGACUCACUUCCAUACGCGCCAGACAUUAUUCUUUAUUUAAUUGGAAAAUCAUUAGGAAUACUAGUUUCUAUAAAACAAUUGAUUCAAAAACGCUCAUUGAUUGAUUAUCAUACUUUUUAUUUAUACUUGGUGUAAAGAUGAUGUAUAUUGGCUCUUUAUUCCUUGCUGGUGUAUACAGCUGAUAACAAGAAGGACAAACCUUUGCCUUAGUACACUGCACGUCAUUCAUUCGUACAUAGGUCCCGCGGACCGGGGCACGCGUUUCACAGGGCGGUACACGCUUGUAUAUAGACACUGUAUAUGGUGACGUAGUACCAUUUAGAAAUUUAGAUUACAUAUAUCAGACUAAAUAAACAAAUAAUCCUAGAAAAUAUUCAUAGAGUAGCAAUAAAGAUUAUACAUAUCAA